CUUCUGUUUCAGCCCGUGGUCGUGUGUCUGCGUGAAGGGCUGGUCGGCGGCCAUGUGGAACGGCCUCCCCAACCCGCUGCUGGCCGCCGCCGCCUCCUCUGGAUGCUCCGCCCCCGAGCCGUGGCUCCUCCCCGGCUGCAGCUCCGUCUACGACAGCCUGGUCAGCAACGUCUCUCCGAUCCCGUCGCCUCCGGCAGCCAGCAGCCCGCGAGGACGAGAGCGAACCGCCGGCAACAAACCUCGCAGGCCGUCCAUCCUGGAGCGUUGUAUCCUGAAAGUGUCGACCAGCAGCGUGGCUGUGGGGACGGACGAUCUGGACGGAAAGAGGCCCCCCCUCAGUCGCUGCUACCCCCGCCUCCCUGACCCGGCCAACACCGAGACCAACACUGCGGUCCUGAAGCGGCGGCAGAAACAGAUCCAGUAUGGCAAGAACACCAGCGGCUACCAGAACUACCUGCAGCAGGUCCCCAGACACCUGAGGGAUCCUAAGCUCCACCCGUCCACUCCCAACAAGUACAGGAAGUACAGCCGGCGCUCCUGGGACAUGCAGGUGCGUCUGUGGAGGCGAGCGCUGCACCUGUGGGACCCCCCGACCGACUCGCAGCCGGACGCCACCGACACACGGGACCCAGUGGAGCAACUGCAGAGCCAGCUGGCCAAGAUGACCUCUGACCUGUGUGAGGACGGAGGAGACAAGCAGAGAGAGAAGGAGGCUCCAGCAGCCUCUAAAGCCUCCUCUGUGUCUCCUCUGUCGGCUGUGACGUCGCUGGAGCUGCCUGGACCCUGGACCAGCCCGCUCUCACCGGAGGCCGGUGGGGGCCACAGGCCUCUGCGCUCUCCUCCCGGCCUGAGCUACUCCUUCAGGAGUCAGCUGACCACUGACGACAACAUGACCGACUGGCUGCGCCUCCUGCUGGAAGCCGACGACGGCCAAGACUUCGGCUCUGAUGACCAGCAGGUUCCGGUCUUCUCUGACCAGCUCCUGUGGAACCCGUACUGAUCCAACGUCUGCCGGUCUGAAGCCCACGAGGUUCAGCCGUCCUCACCUGCACCUCGUUUAACGUGUUGAUCCUGAGUGUGUGAGUGUGUGAGUGU